AUGGCAGCCUCAGAUGCAGCUUCGGUCGAUAAGGCGGAUAUCCAUCCGUCCGUGGACAUAGACUCUCUCGAGAUUGAAUUCGAGAAGUCUCUCCAGUACACUGAGGUUGAGCACGGGCUGACAUUCUGGGCGGCUAUCAAACUUCACUAUCCUGCCGUACUAUGGUGCCUCUUCAUCAACUUAGCUACUGUCCUCAAAGGAAUGGAUGGCGGCAUUGUUGGCAGUCUCGUCGGCAUUGGUACAUUCAAAGAACAAUACGGUUACCUCUAUAAUGGAACAUAUGUCGUGGAAGCCCAUUGGCUCAGUGCUUUCAAUUAUGCUAACAAGCUUGGUGCGAUGGUUGGUGCUUUCACCGCCGGAUUCGCAUACGACCGUCUCGGCCCUCGACUCAUGCUGGCUAUCUGUUCGACAGGUUCAGUGGCUUUUAUAUUCAUUCAGUUCUUCAGCUCCACUCCGGCACAGCUGUUCGUUGGUCAACUCUUGAAUGGCUGCCUCAUCGCCUUCUACCCCAUCUGUGCCUCAGCAUAUGUUGGCGAAGUUUGUCCUCUCGCACUUCGAGGUUUUGCCGCGAGCAUGACUAAUCUGGCGUUCGUCAUCGGCCAAUUCAUAGCUUCAGGAAUUCUGAAAGGAACAAGUGAUAUGGAUAGCAAGUUUGCUUAUAAGAUACCGAUUGCUACACAAUGGGCGUUGCCGGCACUGAUGUUGUUAUUCAUAUUCUUCUGCCCGGAUCCUCCAUUCUGGCUAUGCAAAAAGAAGCGCUAUGAUGCAGCUGAGAAGUCUAUUCGAAGACUCGCAACGCCUUCUAUUGACCCCAGUCUCAAGCUCGCGUUCGUUAAAGAAACAUUACGCCUGGAGGAGGCUUUCAAGGGGGACAACGCCCCAACUCUCUUCGACUGUUUCAAGGGUCCUAACCUUCGCCGUUUGAUUAUAUGUAUUAUGGCGUAUGAUAUCCAAGCCUUCACUGGUAACAUCCUCUUCAUCGACUACGCCGUAUACUUCUUUGAGUUGGCCGGAUUAGACUCUUCAGAUGCCUUCAGCAUGAAUCUCGGCUUGACAGCAAUCGGCUUUGUUGGAACCUGCUUGUCGUGGUGGGUCAUGACAUUCGUCGGCCGUCGUGCCGCCUAUGUCUGGGGCUGCGCGGCUCUGUCGGCGUUUUGCUUUAUCAUUGCCACGCUUGACUUCGCACCGCAGACUAGUGGUCACGCUGCCACUUGGGUCCAGUGUUCGCUCAUGCUGGUCUGCAAUUUCGUCUACGACGUCACUAUCGGCCCGUACUGUUUCGUGCUUCUAGCUGAAGUGUCUUCCGCUAAGCUCCGUGGCAUGACAAUUGCCCUUGCGACUGUCACUUGUCACAUUGUAUCGAUAGUCUUUGCCGUGGCAAUUCCGUACGCCAUGAAUGAGGAUGAAGGAAACUGGCGGGGCAAAAUUGGAUUCCUGUUUGCAGGUCUUGGAGUCCUGUGCACUCUAUACUGCUUCUUCUGUAUGCCGGAGACGAAGGGGAGGACUUUUGAAGAGCUCGACGUCAUGUUCGAGCGCAAAGUGCCAAGCCGUAAGUUCAAGGCCUAUGAGAUCAAUGGUGCGAUUGCUGCUCAGGAGGAACUGCACCAUUUAUAA